AUGGAGUCUACUACGGAGCCUACGGAGACUACGGAAACCGCCAUGAACCCUAAUGACAGCCCUCUCAGCAAUCUCGAUUUGUGGUGCGACUGGAGUGGUAGCCCAGAGGAUCCAGUCUCCAUCACAAUCGCCAUGGAGCUACAGGCCCGCGAUCAUCCUAACCUGAACUUACCAGUCCUCAACGUUCAGUCGCCAACCGUCGUCAAAAGCCCGUCUUGGGUCAUUCGGUUGAAGCCUGAACUCACCCAAUAUGACGACACUCCACCUGGAAAAGAGACUUGGCAGCCAGGCCAGGAAUAUGGUGUUGAGAGCGAGAGAUAUCCUGCCAAUAAUCCCUCCAUCUCGAAAUCUGGAAGUGUUGUUGUCCAUGACGGUCCGCGGGAUGACAACCCUGUCUCUCGCCAUACUGCAGGUAUCUUGACCCAGGUUGAUGGCUCGGAUAUCUCAAUCUCUUCCGACCCUCGCAAGAUGCAGAGCCAGGUCAAUAGAUUCGGUGGACUGAAUUCUCCGAACCCUCGUAAGAGAACCGCCAAGGCUGCUUCUCUGCCUGAUUCAAUCCCCCUGACGAUGAUUACCAAGGAUACUAGUACCAGUAUCGUGACCUCCACCCCUAGUCCCAUUCGCAGCCUUUCUCCCAGUUUGGACAAAACCAGUGUGACCAACGAGAACAUCCCGCCUCAAUAUUCGGCUCCAGCUCUAGUGUCAAGUUCCCAGGUUACAUCUGAGCGUCCUUCGCUAGACAGCAAGGGAGUGACUGUCGGCCUUCAAGAUGUGCCCGAUGAAAUACCUCUUUGCCACAAUGCAGAAAUUCCCAGAAAGAUUGACUUGUCCAGCACCGAACCCCUCACCGAAGCGAACUUGCGGGUGCAGAGUUAUGAUACACUUUCUACUCGUGUGUGCAACGGAAGCCUUUCUGAUACCGAAAACAGUGACGAAGAAAGCGAAGAUCUGCUUCUUUGCCUUGAAUCCAUCCGAUCUUCAUCAUUGUUUUCGGGCCGUGAUAAACUCCCUUUCCCCCGAACGUUUGUGGAAAUUGCCAAAAGGCCCAAGCUCGUCUUGGAAAAUGACAUUCUUUGCAUACAGACAUCUCCCGGUGUCUACCCCGCGACAUAUCAAAUCGCGAUUUCGCUUAAGGUCAGACUGCAGAAAGGAAAAUCGAAGGAUUGGUGGGAGUUGGUUGUUAGUGGGCUGCCUCGACUCGCCCAAUUUGAGUCUUGUUAUCUCUACUUUCGAACACCCCCGGGCCAGGGAAUGGAAUUCAUGACUUCAUCUUUCAAACGACAUACACUCGUGGAAAGUUGCUUGAUGGCCCAGUUUGACGGUGGGAAAAGCCUCGUGAUUUCGUUUCGUAAGUGCAAUGCACAAUUCUACGGGCCACUUAAGGACCAUAAAGUCAAUGCAGUCAUACAAGCUGAGGUGGAGGAGGCUGAUCCGUCGUCCUACUUGGUCAAAUACAACGCUGUUUGUGCCAUUGAUCUCAUCAAUCACAACUUCUGGGCUGAGAAGUGCAAAUUUUCCCUUAUUGUACAUGGCGGCCCGGAAGGCGAGUUCGAGGCCAAUUUUGAAGCUCAGAAACCAGUGAUCAACGGUAUUCGACUCCAGCCGGCAUCGGAACCAACAUCAGAUGUAUAUGGAAUUGGACUCUCGCGCAUCAAUAUCAUCAGCACCCCUCAAGCUCUGGAUAUGUUCACGGUGUCAUGGGAAGUCAAAUUGCCACGAGAAAAGGCUCUCACCUGGUUGCCAUGGAUUAAGACCAGGCACAGUGAUAUUGAAACCGUUCUCUUAGAAGAUUACGCCGCCUGUGGCCCCAGGCAUGAAUAUUUCUCUCCAAUGCGCCAGACUGGUCAUACUAGGUGCCAAUCUCCAUGUUGUCUGGAAGCUGGGCUUAACCAUUUUCAGCCAUCAGUUGAGAAAACUCCACAUCUCCAUGAUGGGACCGGCAUUCACGAGCCUGGAGUGUUGAAUCCAUUUUACAAGGAUCCAGCUUCGUAUCUCCAAUAUGAAGAUCUUCUGGGGUCUGAACUGACUGGGUCUCUAUCCCGCAAAACGCAAGCUUUCAAGUCUACAAGUAUACAAACCUUCGUUGAGGAGAUUCCGGCCCCCAAGUCUGUAAAUACCGAGGCUCCAGUCGCCCGGUCAGAGCCAAAGAAGCCACGCCGUGCUGUGCGUGGACUGUGGACUCUGAUCAAAGUCAUUUUCAACCUCUGUGCGUUCAUGGCCUCUGUUCACACCCUCUACUGGUCACACUUGCUGCAGAAUUGCGGGUUCCGUUUUGACUCCGUUGCUCUGCACACUUCGUGCCCCCAAAACGAAGUGUAUGUCUAUACGGACUACGUAGAGAAUUACACCAAUGCUGAUGCUGAGAUUGAGGCGAACGAGGCCCUGGAGGAGUUUGACCUUCGGCCCGCGCUGCGUCGACCUGAAUUUCAGCACACACCUGCCGAAAUUACCCCAGUGCCCCUGAGAGACCGCAUCGAUUAUCUUCUCGGGUGGCGAGGACCAAUUGCACGGGAGUAA